AGGGUAGGGUGAGCGGCCUCCGAAGCGGAGCGGGGCUCGGAGGAGACACUUUUUUUUUUUUUUUUCCUCCCUCCUUCCCUCCUCUCCUCCUCCCUUCCCUUCCCCUCUCCUCCCCUCUCUCCUCCUUCCCCCCUCGGUCCGCUGGAGCCUGCUGGGGCGAGCGGUUGGCGGAGCAGGCGCUCACUCUCCGGGGCCGCCCGGCGGGUAGCUGGCGGGGGGGAGGAGGCAGGAACCGCGAUGGCGCCUCAGAAGCACGGCGGUGGGGGAGGGGGCGGCUCGGGGCCCAGCGCGGGGUCCGGGGGAGGCGGCUUCGGGGGUUCGGCGGCGGCCGUGGCGGCGGCGGCGGCCGCGGCGGCGGCUUCGGGCGGCAAAUCCGGCGGCGGGGGCUGUGGAGGCGGCGGCAGUUACUCGGCCUCCUCCUCCUCCUCGGCGGCGGCGGCCGCGGCGGCGGGGGCCGCGGUGUUACCGGUGAAGAAGCCGAAAAUGGAGCACGUCCAGGCUGACCACGAGCUUUUCCUCCAGGCCUUUGAGAAACCAACACAGAUAUAUAGAUUUCUUCGAACUCGAAAUCUUAUCGCACCAAUAUUUUUGCACAGAACUCUUACUUACAUGUCUCAUCGAAACUCCAGAACAAACAUCAAAAGGAAAGCAUUUAAAGUUGAUGAUAUGUUAUCAAAAGUAGAGAAAAUGAAAGGAGAGCAAGAAUCUCAUAGCUUAUCUGCACAUUUGCAACUUACAUUUACUGGUUUCUUCCACAAAAAUGAUAAGCCAUCACAAAACUCAGAAAAUGAACAAAAUUCUGUUACCUUGGAAGUCCUGCUUGUGAAAGUUUGCCACAAAAAAAGAAAGGAUGUAAGUUGUCCAAUAAGACAAGUUCCUACUGGUAAAAAGCAGGUGCCUUUGAAUCCUGACCUCAAUCAAACAAAACCAGGAAAUUUCCCAUCCCUGGCAGUUUCCAGUAAUGAAUUUGAACCUAGUAACAGCCAUAUGGUGAAGUCCUACUCAUUGCUGUUUAGAGUAACUCGUCCAGGAAGAAGAGAAUUUAAUGAAAUGAUUAAUAGAGAAACCAAUGAAAAUAUUGAUGUCAGUGAAGAACUUCCAGCCAGAAGAAAACGAAAUCGUGAAGAUGGAGAAAAGACAUUUGUUGCACAAAUGACAGUUUUUGACAAAAACAGGCGUUUACAGCUUUUAGAUGGGGAAUAUGAAGUGGCCAUGCAGGAAAUGGAAGAAUGUCCAAUAAGUAAGAAAAGAGCAACAUGGGAGACUAUUCUUGAUGGGAAGAGACUGCCUCCGUUUGAGACAUUUUCUCAGGGACCUACAUUGCAAUUUACUCUUCGAUGGACGGGGGAAACCAAUGACAAGUCUACAGCUCCUGUUGCCAAGCCUCUUGCCACUAGAAAUUCAGAGAGCCUUCAUCAGGAAAAUAAGCCUGGUUCUGUUAAACCUGCACAAACUAUUGCUAUUAAGGAGACGCUGACUACAGAGCUGCAAACAAGAAAAGAAAAGGAUAAUUCAAAUGAAAAUCGCCAGAAGUUAAGAAUAUUUUAUCAGUUCCUUUAUAACAAUAAUACAAGACAACAGACAGAAGCCAGAGAUGACCUGCACUGCCCGUGGUGUACUCUGAACUGCCGUAAGCUCUAUAGCUUACUCAAGCAUCUAAAGCUCUGCCACAGCAGGUUUAUCUUCAAUUAUGUAUAUCAUCCAAAAGGUGCUAGGAUAGAUGUUUCAAUCAAUGAGUGUUAUGAUGGCUCCUAUGCAGGAAAUCCUCAGGAUAUACAUCGCCAACCUGGAUUUGCUUUUAGUAGAAACGGACCAGUAAAGAGAACACCUAUCACACAUAUUCUUGUUUGCAGGCCAAAACGAACAAAAGCAAGCAUGUCGGAGUUUCUUGAAUCUGAAGAUGGAGAAGUGGAACAGCAGAGAACAUAUAGCAGUGGCCACAAUCGUCUCUACUUCCACAGUGAUACCUGCUUACCUCUUCGGCCACAAGAAAUGGAAGUAGAUAGUGAAGAUGAGAAAGAUCCAGAAUGGCUGAGAGAAAAAACCAUUACUCAAAUUGAAGAAUUUUCUGAUGUGAAUGAAGGAGAGAAAGAAGUAAUGAAACUGUGGAAUCUCCAUGUCAUGAAGCAUGGAUUUAUUGCUGACAAUCAAAUGAAUCAUGCCUGUAUGCUGUUUGUAGAAAAUUAUGGACAGAAAAUAAUUAAGAAGAAUUUAUGUCGAAACUUCAUGCUUCAUCUAGUCAGCAUGCAUGACUUUAAUCUCAUUAGCAUAAUGUCAAUAGAUAAAGCUGUGACCAAGCUCCGAGAAAUGCAGCAAAAACUAGAAAAAGGAGAAUCUGCGGCCCCUGCAAGUGAAGAAAUAGCUGAGGAACAAAAUGGGACAUCAAAUGGAUUCAGUGAAACUAACUCAAAAGAGAAAGCUUUGGAAACUGACGGUGUCUCAGGGGUUCCAAAACAGAGCAAGAAACAAAAGCUCUGAGAACUUGCCCCGUGUUCUGAACAGACACUGAAGUUGCUUCUAGGGAAUUCAGCCUCUAGGAAGAGUUUUUGGGUUUAGGUUGUUUGGUUUUUAAUCAUGGAUCGGGAACAGGCAGUGUUAGAUGAUAUCAUUGAUUUCAGCACGGAGGUUCUGGGUGUCUGCUUAGCUGCUUCUCCUCACGUGCUUAUCAGCUUUAGUGAUGUCCUCAAUUUGGUUUUAGCCUGAAAAGCAGUUUUUCAAAUAGUUAACUUUUUCUUAGCUGUGACACUCAUCUUAUUAAAUAUAUUGGGUUAAUCUAGAAAUUUCACACCUAAAUUUUAAUGCUUGUUUCAUUUGUGACUUUUUCUGCUUUGUAAUUAUGAGACAUUUUCUGGGAAAGGAAUGUUGGGAUAUUAUGCUGUCUUAGAGAUGGAAAAUUUUUGUGAAAUUGUUACUUACAUUGCCACUUUUCCCCUAACUUUGACCCUUGAUUCAGAAAUCAUUUAUGCAUUUGGGAUGAGAAGUUACAAAGCAAGUUCUGCAUCAGUUCUGUUACGAGUUCAAAACAGCACCAGUUGGUCUCCACCUGUUGGAGAUGAUGUGACCUCCAUGCAACCAUGCAGUGCCAUGCUCACUGAUGGAGGAUACUGUUUGUUUUCAAGUGACUGGUUUUAGUGCUUGUUUUCCCAAUUUAGUUUUUUACUUGAACAUUUUUUUUAGUUUUUCCUUUUUAAUUAGGUAAUCCCAUGGAAAAUUGUUCUGUGCACAUCUUUUGCACUAGGAUAGUAAAGCAAGAGAAACAGUUGGAGAUUUAAAAGAUGCCACUUUGUGGGGAAGGGUGUCUCUGAGUAUAAACCAGAAGAUGUCACACCUUGUUUCCUUUGUGAUGUCCUUCUUGAUCAGAAUAUCCGUACAGAUAAGCUGACUUGAAUUGUUGUGAGCAAUUUUCCCUGUGUUCUGUGUUUUAUGCACAUAUUCGUGGUUGGGUUUUCUCCAACGGAAAGUGGUUUCACUACUGGCAUAUUAAUAAAUAAGCACGGAUAGGUUUUUAUUCCAGCUCCAAGCACUGUGGUUGAAUAACAUCACCUCAAUUUUUUAUUAUCCUUUAAAGAUAUUGCAUUUUCAUAUUCUUUUAUUUAUAAAGGAUCAAUGCUGCUGUAAAUACUGGUAUUUUUAAUGUUUUAAUUUCAUUCCACCACCAUCAGAUGCAGUUCCUUGUUUUGUUUAGUUAAGGGACAUAAGCUUUCUCAUGGUGUCUUCAGAGAUUUAUAAGUGUAAAUACUGAUUUGGCUGGUCUUUACAAUGUGUUUAACUGUGAGGCUAUUUAAAUAGUGUGGAUGUGACUUGUCAUCCAGUAUUAAGUUCUUAGUUACUGGUUUUUGUGUU